CCACCAAAGCUGCUCACGUGUUGUGUGAGAAGGUCACAGUGAGGUACAGACAUGGCAGCUUCCAGGAGAGCAGGCUUGUCUGGUUGGUCAUUUAUAAUCUUUAGUAAGACAGCGCACAGUAACCUCCAGCAACGCUUGCUGUCAACAUCAACUAGACUUCACAGUUCGGACAGCGGACAUGGACAGCCACCGAAAUUCAUGCCUCCACCGAAACCCGUUAUUGUGGACAAGACACAAGCAGAGGCAACUCAGAGAAGGUUCCUAAGUCCUGAGUUCAUUCCACCCAGACAGAGAACAAACCCAAUCAAAUUCGUUAUUGAGAGAAAGGAUAUGAUUCAGAGGCGAAAAGUUCUGAAUAUUCCUGAGUUUUAUGCCGGAAGCAUUCUUGCUGUAAACGUGGCAGACCCCUAUGCCAAAGGAAAAACAAACCGUUUUGUGGGUAUAUGUACCCAGAGAUCCGGCAAAGGACUUGGAGCUACUUUUGUCCUGAGGAACAUUAUUGAUGGGCAAGGGGUUGAGAUUUGUUAUGAACUCUACAACCCUCAAAUCCACCAGAUUGAGGUGCUGAAGUUAGAGAAGAGAUUGGACGAUAACCUGAUGUAUCUUCGUGAUGCUUUACCAGAGUAUUGCACUAUUGACUUUAACAUGAAGCCAGUGCCUCAUCCUGCAAAUGGAGAGGUUCCUGUCAACCAACUGAAAGUGAAAAUGAAACCUAAGCCCUGGUCGAAGCGUUGGGAACGUCCGAAGUUUAAGAUCCAAGGAAUUCGUUUUGAGCUAACACUGUCAGAAGAAAAAAUGGAAGAAGCCAAGAAAUGGGAUCAACCCUGGCUGGAGUUUGACAUGUUAAAGGAGUAUGAUACAUCAAAGAUAGAGAAACAAACCUGGGAGGAAGUGCAAAGAGAAAUGAGUAAAUGAACUUUAAUGAUGGACCAUUAAUCUGUGCCAUCCGUAGGGCUUAAAUAGUUCAGGUGGUUGUGGUCUGCUCUUUAAAUUUGUUCUUUUUGUAUUGUAGAAUGUUUUUUUUCUUUUUUUACCUGUGUAUCAGCUAUUAAUCUUAGUGUGACCAAAAAAAUAAAUAAAUAAAUACACCACACAAGUGCAAGAGACAAGGGGUCAUCUAAUGGAAUCUGUCCUAGAACCUAGUUCACUGCAUGCACUCUCUUUUGUAUGCAAAAUUUCACACAAGAACCAUAUUAAGACUAUAAUUGUCAGCCUAAACAUUAAACAAAAUUCUAUUCACAUGCACAUCAACAUAAUGCAGGCUGUUGGGUAUAUAAUAUGUUGUCGAUCAAGGUCAGGGGAUCCUAAAAGUUAACAAGGAAAAUGACCUUUACAAACUUGAGUUUGUAAUGCUCAUGUAUUAUAAUAAUAAAGCAGUA